AUGCCAAAGAUUAAACUGAACUUUCCCCUUAUUGAGUUUUUAAGAAACCGAAUUUACCUAGGAGCAUAUGAUUAUACUCCACCGGAUACGAACGAUUUGGUAUAUUUCACUGUAGAAGAUGCGUUGCCUUAUAAUGCUUUCCAUUUAGAUUUUGGUCCUUUGCAUAUUGGGAGCUUGUAUAGGUUUGCGGUAGUCUUGCAUAACAUUUUGAAUGAGGAAUCUAAUCAGGGAAAAGCCAUUGUUUUCUACAGUACCACAUCUCCUAAGGAGAGGGCUAAUGCCGCUUGCUUGCUUUGUUGCUAUAUGGUUUUGGUCCAAUCGUGGUCACCCCAUCAGGUAUUGCAACCAAUAUCCCAGAUCGAGCCUCCAUUGCAGGGCUUCCGUGAUGCCGGGUACUCGAAAGCAGAUUUCGAAAUAACCGUACAGGACAUAGUGUACGGUAUGUGGAGGGCUAAAGAAAGGGGAAUGUUAGACUUGACAAGCUUCAAUUUAGAGGAGUAUGAGCAAUAUGAAAGAGUCGACCAGGGUGACUUUAACGUUGUGUCCAAGGACUUCAUUGCCUUCGCAUCUCCACAACAAAGUAUGAGAGGAGGAAAGCCGGGCUCGCUUAAUGAACCUUUUAAGAAGGUCCUAAAUUAUUUCAUGCUUAAUAACGUACAAUUGGUGGUUAGAUUGAAUUCUCACUUAUAUGAUGCUAGCGAAUUUACGAAACGAGGUAUUCAGCAUAUCGAUAUGAUUUUUGACGACGGAACAUGUCCUACUUUGGAGUAUGUUCAGAAAUUUAUUGGCGCUGCGGAGUGUGUUAUAAAUAAAGGUGGUAAAAUUGCAGUUCAUUGUAAGGCUGGUUUAGGUAGAACUGGGUGUCUCAUCGGUGCGCAUUUAAUCUACACCCAUGGUUUUACUGCUAAUGAAUGUAUCAGUUAUAUGAGAUUGGUCCGUCCAGGUAUGGUUGUAGGACCCCAACAACAUUGGUUAUACUUGCACCAGAAUGAAUUUAGGGAUUGGAGACAUACUAUGUGCUUAGACAAUAGACCAGACGAAGUGAUCGGAGGAUUAUACUCAUUAACUUCAUAUGAAGACUUCAAAGCCAGAAUGAAGUUAGAAGCUAAACAAAGAAGGUUACAGCAACAGCAACAAAUAAACUCUUCGGUAAGCCAUAUGGAUUCUUCGUUCCACACACCAAUUAGAAGAAGAAAGAUAAGUGGCGCCUUAGCAGCCAAAAUUCAGACAGCUGUACCAAUGGAAUCACCUGGCCAACCAAGAAAGUAUAAGGAAGAAGAUAACUCGGGGGUUGUCGAAAUCAUUAACAAUUCAGAUGAAGAAAAUGAUAUUAAUAAUGGAACUGAGUCGAUGCAAGAUAUCCAAAGCCCAGUUAGAAAGCCCGCAUACGAGGCAGAAGGAGAAAUACAGGAUGUCGAGGGUACAAUAGCAAACAAUAAAAGAGAUCAAGGAGCGAGCGAUUGGAAGGUUUUACGUUCUAUCUCUGUAAAUGCAGGCAACCUGCCGGUACUGCUAAAAAAGAGAACAACAACUACCACUACACGGACUGUAAGUACUACGUUAUCUUCUUCACCGCACUCUUCACCAACUCAAAAUAUUAAAAUACCAAAGUCCAGGUCCAACUCAAGAGUUAACUCAGGUAUGAUCCCAUCUAAGAACGCAAAUAACAGGGUCCAUUCAGCUGGGAUUAGAAAAGUAAGCGGUACCAAUGGAAGAAAGUGUUAG